CUUCCAUCUGCUAAUGUUAUGAAACAUCAUCUGUGGUGAUAAUCUCCUUGCAUCAACUACAACCCAUGAGUGACCACAAGGCUGACUCUAAGGGUGACCAAAAGAGUAACCCAAAGAGUGAACAAAAGGAUAGCCCCAAAAUCGAGCAAAAGGCUGAGCAAAAGGAUGAACAAAAGGAUGAUACAAAGAAAAACCUUGAUUAUGAACACAUUAAAGCCAAGGCACCAAGAAUUUUGGCUGAGAUGGUACAUAUGCUUCUCAGAUGGCAGAAAAUGGGCUUCCAUGUGCCACGGGGUGUCAAGAAUAUAUUUGAGUUCACAUGGGAUGAGCUCAUGGUAUCACCACAAAGGAAAUCCUUCACUGGUUUAUAUUGUCCCAUUGUCAAAUUCCUUCCUUUCGAUGAGGCUGACUUUUCUUCCACUGCUACUUCCAGAGCUCAAAAGGUGCCCCCCUCUGCCUCAAUGCCAAAGGCCAACUAUGUAACCCCUUCAUUUGAAAAUCAUCAGAUGCUCCUCAAGUUCCAAAAACGAUCAGUCCAUCUCUUGACUGAAUUGCUGAAAGUGAAGAUGAAGAUAAUGAUUGAUGCAGUUGCUGGUCCCAGCAGUGAAGAGAUUGCAAGGAAGCUUCUGGAAGCUGGUCAACAGCUAUGCCCUAAAACCCAGGAAGAGGCAAGUGAUUUCAUGAGCAAAGAACCAAGGAGGAAAGGACGUGGUAUAGUUCCAACAAUACCUGCGAUUCAGAUUUCUUCCACCACCCAGCUUAUACAGCAAAUGUCAGUUUCUUGUCUUUGCUUUUCAUUAUCACUAAAAGACAGCAAGCAGCAAAAGGGCACAGUGAAAGGUGGUGGUAGUUCUGUACAAGACAAAGAAAGUCAAGCAGAUAAAUUUGAUCCAUGCCCUCAAGCUAGGGAGAAGAUCAGAGAAAUUUGUCAACGUAUAGAAGAAGAGAAAGCUGCAGCCAUUGCAAAGGGCCAUACAAGGCCCCUCAUAUUGAGAAAUUAUAUUACUGUCCACAAGUCACCAUCUCAGGCUUUGAAAAGAGGUUCGCUAUCCCAAACAGCUGCUGAGUUCAGACGAUCAAAGGGGAAGAAGAUGUACUUUGCCCUUCCGGAUGGAACAGUUAUGAUGUAUUACCCAUCAGGAAGUAUUGCAGUGUUGCAGUUUCCCAUAUGCUGCUCAGGAAGAACAGUCACCCUUCUGUUUCAGGAUGCUCCAGGUCGAGGACUUCUAGGUACCUUGGUGUCACUGGGCCAUUCGUCUGUAUCUUACUCCUUUAAAUCCAGGUGCCAAAUAGCACUUUUGAUGAAUCAAGAAGGAGGAAGUGUGAGAGAUAAGGAUGGCUUUCUAACCCAUAAUUGGAGCUGGUAUUCCAAAAACCAGGUUCUGCAGUCAAUAGAAUUUCAGAUAAAUGAGCAGCUGAAACUAAAGGUUCUUGGUCACAAUUCCAUGACACUCACUUUUACCUCCCUCAAUGAAGCAAUCAACAUAUCUUUGACAAGACCUGGAUGUACUCAUGGAGCCAAGCAGAUGCCUUUAAGAAACCCUGAAGGUGAUGACAAGGAAGGACACUGGAUCCGAAGCUUAACAGAACUUAGAAGAAGGUUUGAGAAAACAGUGAAGCAAUUUAUAAAUGGGGUUUUGAUGAUCUCAGGAAUAUGCUGUAUAGACUACCCACUUGAAUAUUCUUCUGCCAAGCAAGUGAAGUUCAUGGUGAGGGAAUCACCCAUUCAUGCCUGGGGUAGAAAAUUAAGAGAUGAAACCCAUGCCACAGUUUUAGAAGGAAAGGGGAAACCAGAUGCCAGGGCACUUAUUUCACGGUACAUUACCACUUACCAGGCUUUCAAGGAGAAACAAAGACCAGCUUCAAGGGAACCAGUUACUUCACCUCAGGAUGCAGUUCCUGUACCAGACACCUGGGCCUUGUCUACCGACUGUCCGAAUGUGCUGCGCAGAAUUUUGGCCAAAGAAAGUGAUAUUGUGGGUUGCAAGUGCGUGGUCAAAAUUCCACUGAUUACAGAUGUGGAAUUUGAAAAGUUUAUCGCUGCUCCAAGAAACCCACAUCAAGUGCUUGUGAUAUGUAUACUGUCACCUGAAAACCAUUCCUACUCUCCUUUCUUUGAAUGGUCUGUAGAAAAGAUUUAUGUACAGAUGCAGCAUGGUCGUCCAUCCCCUUGUGUUCAGUGCAAACAUGAUCCUUUCCGCUUCCUUAGGUAUGACCUAGAGAACCCUCUAAACAAAAAGCCCCCUCUUCUGGUGGAGAAACAUGCUGUCGUUCCUGGAAUGGUAGUGAUGUAUGCUGGAGGGAAGCUACUCUUUGGGAGCAAUGUUUUCAACGGAUACAGCUACAGCAAGAGGGAUCUGCUGAAGCAGAUCAACCAAGUUUGCCUUGAAUGCAAGAUGGGUCACUUCCUGCCACCGAGUUUCAAAUUUAGUCCCACUGCUGAAUCUCCGACGACAACUUUUAAAGUCGUAGAAAGUCUGAAUAAUAUGAAGAUUAAGGAGUUCUUCUCUGAAGUGCAGCCUACUGUGCAGAGGAAGAAAAAGGUGGAGGCUAAGCGUGUCAGCAGUGCAAAGCAUGUCAGCAGCGCAAGAAAGAAAUCAAAGAAAUAGGAUAAUCAAACUGGAAAGUGGUAGCUUCCUUUUCAUCCCCCUGCCAUUAUGUGUAUGCACACACACAUACAAAAAAGAUAUUUGAUGUACCCACAGAUGUAGAUACAUAUUCAGCAAGCAAUUUUUAUUCAUUAUAAAGCAAGA